AGCUGCCUGGACGUCCCGCCCAGCCUGAGUCGUCCUCCGCUGCUCCGCCGUGUCAGCCCAGGGCCUCCAGCGGGAUCUAGCCAGGAAGAUGACUGACGGAUUUUCGCUAUCAGAUGCCCUGUCAGGGUCCAACAACCCUAAUCCAAAUAUGCAACCUACUCCUUGGGGGAAUCAGCCUGGUGCCUUCUCAGGCUAUCCCGGAGCACCAGGCGCAUAUCCUGGAGCACCAGGCGCAUAUCCCGGUGCACCAGGCGCAUAUCCGGGAGCACCAGGCGCAUAUCCAGGAGGCCUGUCAGCACCUGGAACAUUCUUUGGAGGCCCACCAAUGCCUGGCACAUUUCCAAAUGCACCAGGAAUGGCUCCACCGGGGGCCUCAGGAAUGUAUCCUGCUCCUGGGCAGCCCCCAAGUGACAGAGGAGCACAGCCAACUCCACCACAAAGUGGACCUGGAGGCCUUUCUGCUCCAUUGAAAGUUCCUUUUGACUUAGCCCUUCAUUCAGGACUUGUGCCUCGCUUGUUAAUAACCAUAACUGGGACAGUGAAUCCAAGGCCAAACAGAUUUCAAGUAGAUCUGAAGAAAGGCGAUGACAUUGCUUUACACUUUAAUCCCCGCUUCAAUGAGGACAACAGGAAGGUGAUUGUAUGCAACACCAAGAUUCAGAAUGUCUGGGGGAAGGAAGACCGGACGGCACCCAGGUUUCCCUUUGAGGCUGGCAAGCCUUUCAAGAUCCAGAUUCUCUGUGAAGCAGAUCAUUUGAAGAUAGCUGUCAAUGAUGCUCAUCUUAUGCAGUACAAUCACCGUAUAAAAGAGCUGAAGCAGAUCACCAAGCUGUCUGUUACUGGUGACAUCACUCUUAUCAGUGUCACUCCUUUCAUGAUUUAAGCCAAGCCUUUGGCCCAUUGCAGACUAAUGCACAAUAUCCCUGAAAAAACUGGUUGCUUUUUUUCUAAAGGGAAAAAGAUAUUAGCUAGUCUUUAUUGGGCAGUGAUUAACAAAUAAAAUCCUUAAAGGCUAAA